AUGUUUUGAUUUUUUUUUCCAAUUCCGAUCGAAGUCGUGUCAGUAGAGAAAGUGGUGAGUGAGUAAAUAAGCAUUAGUAACAGCCAAAACCACCAUCACUCACCACCACACCACCGCACCUUAGGGUUUCCGAUCCCCCAAAUUAGGGUUUCUUCUCGCCAUGGCCGAUGGCUUCUGGAACCGCCAGCAGCAGACUCUUCUCCCUCAUUCCGGCCUGCACAAACGACCUCGUUCCGACUACGAAAUGCCUGCCUCUGGUCUGCCUCCAGGCAACGAGAUGCAUAAUUAUCUUGCUCGCGAAGAGGACCGUUCUGGUCACCCAAUGGUAAAGGACACAAAAACAAUUGGAUCUGCUUAUGAUCGCUACCUUCAGAGUGGGCAACUUUCUUCAUUUACUUCUGGGGAAGCCAGUACAAUUGGUGGUCUCGGAUUGCAAAGGGGUGUCGGUGGAUUACCGAAUCAUUCACUAGGUGAUCCUGCUGUCAUGAUGGGGCGUCAUGGGGGUGGUGGUCCUGAUCUGGCACCAAAUGGGCGAGGUAUUAAUUAUGGUUUUCAGCCACCGAUGGAUCCAGUUUCCAGGCCUGGACCUGAGACAGCACUUCUACCUCCAGAUGCUUCACCUACUUUAUAUAUUGAAGGUCUACCUUCUGAUUGUACCAGAAGGGAAGUGGCUCAUAUUUUCCGCCCUUUUGUGGGAUAUAGAGAAGUGAGACUUGUAAGCAAAGAGGCCAAACAUCGUGGAGAUCCUCUGAUCCUUUGUUUUGUGGACUUUGCAAAUCCGGCUUGUGCAGCAACUGCUUUGAGUGCCUUGCAAGGCUAUAAAGUCGAUGAAAUCAAUCCCGAGUCUAGUCAUUUGCGGCUUCAGUUUUCUCGGUAUCCAGGCCCAAGAAGUGGAGGUGGUCCAAGAAGUAGUGGACCUGGUCCUAGAGGGGGACCUGGAUCUCGUGGUAAGAGGUGACUCACAUAGCCCAGUUAGGAUUUAUGCUCAUAAGAAACAUGGAUGGUCCUUUAAACAUGAUCUUUUUGUGAGCUCGGAUGUUCCCUUGUCAUUAAUACACAAAUGUGUAAUUUUAUUUUUGUCCCUAUGUCUACAUUCCUUAUUAGAGCCCUUGAGAUGCACAAAUUAUUAUCAGGCAGAGAUCAAAUAGCAAUUUCAUUUUAGUAAAUCUAACAAAUGGAUAUUUUUGGUUGUGUAUUAUUAUUGCUAAGUUAAGUAUUAACUUAAUGUUUAA